CGAACCGGGCAAAGAAGUUUCAGUCUCUUCUCUCCUAACCUUUCCUUUCGCUUGGAGAGUCGGAUAGGAGGGGGAAAGGGAAAAUGUCAUCAUACGAAAACGUUGUAGGUGGGAAGCUGAAGCUCAAGGGAAAAGCCUUGGAUGUUAAGGCUGGUGGAAUCAAGAAGAAAAAGAAACAUAAGAAGCAGAUUCAACAUGAUGACCAAAUUACCCAGAACGAUCCCUCUGAUGCCGCUUCUGCUGGUGAAACCACAGAAGUUUCUGUUGAUCCCAAUGAAGAAGAUAUCAACAAUGCGGAGAAGUCAAGUGGGGAGAAGGCGGCUCCUCAUUAUGAUGAUCAUCUUACCCCAGCAGAAAGACGAUACAUUGAGCAGAGGGAGCAACUCGACGUUCAUAGGUUGGCUAAGCAAGCUAAUAAAUCUCACCGUGAUAGAAUCCAGGAUUUCAACCAAUAUCUGGCAAACAUGAGUGAGCAUUAUGACAUUCCGAAAGUUGGUCCCGGUUAAUUCAGGCAACACCAAGGUAAUCUUCUCAGUGGUUUUGGAAGGAACUUCUUUGUGUUAUGUACCAAAGGUCAACAAUAGAGAACUGCUUUGUUUUAUGGAGGUUGUUUGAUGGUAUAUCACAGAUUAUGCAUUUAAUUUGUAGUUGCUGUAUUCAAUCUCCAUCACUUCCUGCAUUUAGUUUGUAGUUACUGUUUUGUGGAGGCUAUAUGUUUUUACUAGCGCUUGCCAUCAUGGUCAGUACGAAUGGUACUGUUUGGUUCAAUUUUGAAAACUAAGUUUGUGGCUAA